AUGUCGACUGGUUCUUCGAAUGCUUCUCAACCUAAUGUUCUACUCUUCAGGGGAGAGAACUAUAAUCUAUGGAGUUUGAAGAUGAAGGCUGUCUUCAGAUCAAAAGACCUAUGGAGUAUAGUUGAGAAGGGGGUAGCUGAAGAACCUGACAACAAUCGUCUCACAGAAAUCAUGAAGAAAGAUGCAAAAGCUGUUUGUCUGAUUCAACAGAACCUGGAUGAUCGAGUUCUUCUUCGAAUCAUAGAGGCAAAAACAGCGAAGCAGGCAUGGGAUAUGCUGAAGACUCACUAUCAAGGAAACACCAACAAUAUCACUGUAAGACUUCACUCCUUGCAUCGUGAACUCGAUGCAACUAAGAUGAAGCAUGGAGAGAAGAUUGAAGAUUAUAUUACAAGAGUGCUUGAUGUCGUCUACCAGAUUAAGAUGCUUGGAGAAGAGUUCCCAGACAAGACGGUGGUAACAAAGAUUCUCAGAAGCUUGACCCCCAGAUUCACAAAUGUUGUCUCUUCCAUUGUUGAAGCUAAGGACCUCAAUACCCUCGCAAUUGAUGCUCUCUGUGGCUCACUUCGGAGCCAUGAAUCCAUUCUGAAUAAUGCAGAGGAGGAAGAGGUCGUGGACGUGGUGGCUUUAACAGAGGGAGAGGAAGAGGACGAGGGCGAGGAAGGAACUCAGACAUCUUUCACCAUGCCGACAACUCAAGACAAAGACAAGAAUGUGCAGUUGUUUCAUCUCGUAGAAAAAUUUGGACAUGUUAAAUCACAAUGCUGGUAUAGAAGUAAAGAAGCAAACAUAACAGAAGAAGCAAAGGAGCAAGAUGAAGGUCUUCUUUUAUGGCGAUCGAAGGUUAUUCAAGAACCUGGAAAGCACACCUCAAAUGAUAACAUCCGACUUGGAGAUGGCAACUUACUUCAGGUUGCAGGAAUUGGUCAGCUUAUGAGCUCUGGAUACAAGGUGGAAUUCACUGAUGGAGAAUGUAUUGUGAAAGAAGUUCAAUCUAACACACAAGUGGCCAGAAUUCCUAUGACCUCUCAUAGGUUGUUCCCACUAGAAGCAGAUGAUGUGCUUGCUGCUCAUGUUGUACAGAGAGAUGAAGAUCUCUCAACUCUCUGGCACAGAAGGUAUGGCCACCUUAAUAAGAGAAGCCUGAACUAUCUCAAUGAACAUAAGUUGGUUGAUGGUCUCCCCACCAUCACCCAUAUACAACCAUGUGAGGCAUGUGCUCUUGGAAAACAAGCUCAUCGUGCAUUUCCAAAAGGGCAGGCAUAUAGAGCAACAACCCCACUCGAGCUUGUGCACGGAGAUCUAGUUGGGCCAAUGCAGACCCCAUCCUAUGGAGGUAACCUUUACUUCUUUCUCCUAAUUGAUGAUUUUUCGAGACACAGCUGGGUCUAUUUUCUUCAAUACAAGAAUGAAGCUUUACAGAAGUUCAAAGUUUUUAAGCUUGCUGUUGAGAAGCAAUAUUCAACUCCGGUGAAGGCCUUCCGCUCAGACCGAGGAAGAGAGUUCACCUCCGGCGCCUUCAGAGCAUUCUGUGAAGAAACUGGAAUAAAGCACCAACUCACUGCACCCCGAACGCCGCGUAGGCACGGCGUCGCUGAGCGACAAAUUGCACCGUAA